GCUUAUAAUUCAUCAUGUGUGACGACGACGCAACAGCGCUGGUCUGCGACAACGGCUCCGGCCUCUGUAAGGCUGGCUUCGCCGGUGAUGACGCUCCCCGCGCCGUAUUCCCCUCCAUCGUCGGCCGUCCUCGUCACCAGGGUGUGAUGGUCGGUAUGGGUCAGAAGGACGCCUACGUCGGUGACGAGGCCCAGAGCAAGCGAGGUAUCCUGACUCUCAAGUACCCCAUCGAGCACGGCAUCAUCACCAACUGGGACGACAUGGAGAAGAUCUGGCAUCACACCUUCUACAACGAACUGCGUGUUGCCCCUGAGGAGUCCCCUGUCCUCCUCACUGAGGCUCCCCUCAACCCCAAGGCCAACCGUGAGAAGAUGACCCAGAUCAUGUUCGAAACCUUCUGUGGUCCAGCCAUGUACGUGGCCAUCCAGGCCGUGCUGUCCCUGUACGCCUCUGGUCGUACCACAGGUAUCGUGCUGGACUCUGGUGAUGGUGUGACCCACACUGUCCCCAUCUACGAAGGUUAUGCUCUUCCUCACGCCAUCAUGCGUCUUGACUUGGCUGGGCGUGAUCUCACUGACUACCUGAUGAAGAUCAUGACUGAGCGUGGCUACUCCUUCACCACCACAGCUGAGCGUGAAAUCGUCCGUGACAUUAAGGAGAAACUUUGCUAUGUCGCUCUUGAUUUCGAAAAUGAAAUGGCCCAGGCAGCUGCCACCACUUCUUUAGAAAAGUCCUACGAACUUCCCGACGGUCAGGUCAUCACCAUCGGCAACGAGCGUUUCCGUGCUCCUGAGGCUCUCUUCCAGCCUUCCUUCCUGGGUAUGGAAUCUUCUGGUGUUCACGAGACUGUUUAUCAAUCCAUCAUGAAAUGUGACGUUGACAUUAGGAAGGAUCUUUACGCUAACAACGUUCUUUCUGGCGGUACCACCAUGUACCCUGGUAUUGCUGACCGCAUGCAGAAGGAAAUCACUAAUCUAGCUCCUGCUACUAUCAAGAUCAAGAUCAUUGCUCCUCCCGAGCGUAAGUACUCCGUCUGGAUCGGUGGCUCCAUCCUAGCCUCUCUGUCCACCUUCCAGGCCAUGUGGAUCACCAAGGAGGAGUAUGAAGAGUCCGGCCCCGGCAUUGUCCACCGCAAGUGCUUCUAAAUUCAGAUGUGAAUCCAAGAUCCCAAACAACUGUGAUGUAUCUCUAACAUUUAUGCACUAUGGUUCCUAUCUCAUCAAGUCAUCUUCCUUCAUUCUGUGGUACUGAAGACAGUGUAACCUUCAGCCAACACAUCUUACUCGAGGAUUGAUAUUGUUCUGCAUCGACAUUUCAUCUAACCAUCACUGGUCAAAGUCUAUCUCAACAUAUCAUCAUAAAAUGUAUUUUUAUAAUAUGAAAAUCGCUGUCAGGUUGAUGUUUUCCAGACUACCAUUACCCUUCUUUUUAUAUUUAUAAAUGAAUUUUAUAUAUAACACCUCUCCCGCACCACACCUGUACCUGGGAACUGAUGAAUCUCCUGUUACGUGGCCACUGUUGUUC